CAAAUGAGCGGGGAGAAUCUUACUUGGAGACAAGGACACUAGUGUGGCAGGAAGAAUACUAAGACACCCGAGUGAGGGAGAUUCAGUGGGCUGACUGUGGAAAAAGUGCUUCAAACCAUUUCCUCAGCUUGGGGGAAUCAAAAUCACACCCCUCACGGUGGGGACAGACUGUGUACCAGUUCUGUUUGUAAUUUCAAACCCAGGUGACACAAGGAAUACUCUCCCCAUGGGGAAACCGUGGAAAUGUGGGGACUGUGGGAAAGGAUUCCCUUCCCCCUCAGUGCUGGAAAUUCACAGACGUGUUCACAGCGGGGAGAAGCCGUUCAUCUGCUCAGUGUGUGGGAAGGGAUUCACAAAUUCUUCCAACCUGCGGGCGCACCAGUGGGUCCACACGGGAGAGAAGCCCUUCACCUGCUUGGUGUGCAGGAAGGGGUUCACGCAUUCAUCUGCACUGCUGACCCACCAGCGGGUCCACACUGGGGAGAGGCCGUUCGGUUGCUCAGAGUGCGGGAAGGCUUUCCGUCGUGUGAGCAACUUGAGGAAGCACGAGCGGGUCCACACGGGGGAGAGGCCGUUCCCCUGCCCCGAGUGUGGGAAGGGAUUCAUUGAUUCUUCCAGCUUGCUGAACCACCAGCAGAUCCACACAGGGGAAAGGCCAUUCACCUGCUCUGUGUGCGGGAAAGGAUUCAAUCAUAUGAGCAAUUUUCGGCAGCAUAAGCGGGUCCACACUGGGGAGAGGCCAUUCACCUGCCCCGAGUGUGGGAAGGGAUUUACCAACUCUUCCCACCUGCUGACCCACCAGCGGAUCCACACUGGGGAGAGGCCAUUCACCUGCUCCAAGUGCAGGAAGGGCUUCACCUGCUCCUCCGACCUCCAGAGACAUCAACGAGUUCACGUGCCAUCACAGGGAAAUUGAAGGAGUGACAGAUAAGUACCAUUUUUGACUAGACUAUCAACCCCGUUCUGGGGUCUCCCAGGUUUGAAUCCCACCGUGGUAGAUGGCGCAAUUGAAAUCUGGAGUUCAGAAUCAAAUGAUGAAACCAUUUUCAGGGGAAGAAAAACCCCACCUUAUUCACUCAUGUCCUUUUUUAGAGAAUGAAGCUACCUUUGCAGGAAAGGAAUCACUCAGUUAUUCCAGCUGCAUCCUUUACCUGGUCUGGCCUACCCCUGACUCCAGAGCCACAGCAGUGUGGUUGACUCUUGAUUGCAUCCCCCUCCUGUAUAUGAGCUGGAGAAACUAACUUGUAUACAGGGUGUAGGCUGAAACUGCUGAGUGAGGCAAUACUUCCUCCAGGUGAAGGCUGUACCAGGGAUCCAGUUCCAAAGGGAUAAUUUGGUGCUGACCAAUAGUAAAGAAAGUGGGGGAUGGGGAGUGUGUGCACUUUGACCUUGAGCUUUUUAUUUAAAAAACGCUACUUUUCGUGCACCUUUUUUUCUGGGAAAAAU